AUGAUUCUGGAAGCAGCACAAAGAACGAGUCUAAAGAAGUGCCGCAGGGAUCUCGGCGAGUAUAAUAUUCCGCUAGCAGCCUUGCUGAGCGAAGACGGGACUCGCACUUCUUCCCGUCGUGAAAUGGAAAUCAUUACGGAGAGGUUCUACUCGAAGCUUUUCCGUUCAUCAACUCCUGUGUCAAGCUCGAUCAUCCCCACUGAUGAAGCUCCACCACGGAUUUUCCCUUCGGAAGUGCGAGUCGCUAUCAAGAGCAUGAAACCUGGCACAGCCCCCGGACCUGAUUUUAUAUCAGCAGACUUUCUUCGGGCUGGUGGCCAUCCGCUUCAUGUAAUCUUAGCAGCGCACAUGACAUCCUACCUUCAGAAAGAAAGGAUCCCAGACCAGUGGAAGACCUCGCGAACCGUUCUUAUCCAUAAGAAAGGUGACCGAGAGGACUUUCGGAACUACCGUCCGAUAUGCUUGCUCAGCGUGUUAUACAAAGUAUUCACCAAGAUCAUCCUCACACGCAUAUCUAGGACGCUGGAUGAAGCUCAGCCUCAAGAACAAGUUGGAUUCCGCCAGGGGUUCAGCUGCUUGGACCAUAUCCAGACCGUGUCGAGGGUCAUAGAGGUUUGCCGGGAAUACCGCCUGCCCCUUGUUCUAACCUUAGUCGACUAUGAGAAAGCCUUUGACAGCGUAGAAACGAAUGCAAUACUGUCAGCGCUGGUCGAUCAAGGUGUGGACGCGUCGUAUGUGAGGACAUUAGCCAAUUGCUACGAACGAUGCACGAGUAGGAUACAGCUUUUCCACCGCCCUCUCACCAUACCCAUUGGAAAGGGGGUACGACAAGGCGAUACUAUAUCGCCGAAGCUGUUCACGGCUGCAUUGCAAUGGAUAAUGAAACCACUAUCCUGGGAAGAAAGGGGCAUACAUGUUGAUGGAAGAUUUCUUUCGAACCUUCGUUUCGCGGACGACAUCGUUCUCUUUUCGAGCAGUAUCAAUGAAGCAGAAACGAUGUUCAACGAAUUGAACGAAGCAGGGAAGAGAAUAGGACUGCGAAUAAACAGAAAGAAGACACAGUUCAUGAAGAACGCCCACUGCGAGGACGGAGAAGUACAACUUGAAGGCUCCCAAAUCGUGGAAACUCCGUCAUACGUAUACCUUGGACGUUCUAUGAACGCGGAAAACGACUUGAAGGAAGAACUGAAUAGAAGAAUGAGAGCAGCAUGGCCAGCAUUCGCAGCCGUCAGGGAAGCUACGGACCAACUAACGGACCAAGAUCUUCGUGCCCAUCUGUUCGACUCGACAGUCCUUCCAUCGCUCUGUUACGCAGUGGAGACGUGGGCAGACACCGCUACCACGUCUAGGAAGCUACUUACUACCCACAGAGCCCUUGAGAGAUGUCUCCUGAAGUCUAACCGGCGUACACAACACCUUGCUGGUCUUCGUAGCUCCGACUUAAGGGGAAUGUCCCGUCUUCGCGACCCAGUGGAAUAUGUAUCGAAAGCAAAACAUAGAUGGGCCGGUCACAUCAUGAGAAGAAUCGACGAUAGAUGGACUAAAAGAACGCUAGAGUGGAUCCCAAGGGACGCUAAACGCCCCAGAGGGAGACCGCCAACGAGAUGGGGUGACGUGUUCGCUGCACGGAUGAACCAGCUGAGAGCUCAGCUGGAUACGGCUCAAGGACCUCGUCAACGUCACUCACGAAGCUUGAGAACAUCUUGGAUGACAAUGGCGAGGGAACGAAACGAGUGGAAGAGAUGCUGCGGCCCGCACGUCCAGUGA